AUUUAACGAGAAAUGAGGAUUGUCACUUGAAAAAUAUUUACUCUUAAGUAAUAAUUUACUAAAAAUGGAGGAAUACACUUCUCUAAUCACAGAAUUGAAGAUGGCAAGAGAAGAUAGUGAUGUAUCUCUUCCACCAGAAUUAGGGGAAGCUGAUGACAUGGCAACAGACGUAGAACUGCCGUCAACUGUAACAUUUUCAAGGCUUGGCACAAAUCUGACGAACGAAGCAGACAUUCGGAGGAGAGAUGAACAGAGACAUCAAGAUGUCGCAUCAAGGACAGCCUCUCGGAACCUUUCUAGAGUAUCGUUUAAACCACCUUCAAGACUACUGAAGAGAAACAAAUCUCGAAUAGCGCAGACACCUGCAGAAUUAAAUUUUGAUGAAGAAUAUGAAUGGGACAGUGACGAAGAAAUGAUACCAGUGAGAUAUAGCAGUGCCGCAGAGCAACACAAGAACACAUACAAACAAAAAUGUCGACAAUUGGGAAUUAUACCAUCAAGGAAAGUUAUGAACCAAUUUGGUACUGGAUUGAUAGAUAUCACCGACUUGAAUCUUUCAUCGAAAGAACUGAGAGCUUUAUACAUUGUGAUGAUAUUGGAAAACGAAAUAUGUCUGGAUGGAGAGAACGAUGUAGAUUUAAUGGAGAUAAACUUUUCUGGUAACAGUUUGACAUCUAGGGAUAUCCAAUACAUCUCCGAAAUACUCAGGACAAAUAAAACAAUAUCUACAUUGACAUUAAGACGAUGUGGAUUAAGUGGUGCACCAAUAAGAACCCUGGCAGAAUUCCUCAGCAAAAGUAAUACAUUACGAAAAUUAGAUAUUAGCGAUAAUCAUUUUGACGACAAAGAUGCUCCACACGUGGCAAUGAUUAUCGAGCAUAAUGAAAGCAUAAGUAAUUUGGAUUUGUCAAAGAAUAAGCUAGGAGAUAGUGGCAUUUUGAUUGGGAAUGCUUUGAAGGAAAACGAAAUGAUCACUACCCUUGACCUUAGUUGGAAUCACCUUCGUGGUAAUGGUGCCAUCGGUAUAGCGAGAGGUUUAGAGAAAAACACAAAAUUAUUAAAUCUUCAAGUGGCAUGGAAUGGAUUUGCCUUUGAAGGUUGUGCAGCAUUAGGGCACACAUUAGUUCAUAACUCAACUCUAUCUACUAUCGACCUAGCUAACAACAGGAUACACAAUCCGGCCAUGUUUGAACUGCUGAAAGGAGUUUGUGGAAAUAAAUCUCUUUCGACGAUACGGCUUGCUCAAAAUCCAAUCACAGCUCCUAUGACAAGCAUUAUUCUCCAACGGAUAUCAACAUCAAAGGAAUGUGGACUGAAGGAAUUAGACAUGGAGGGUAUUGUUGUAGAUAAGGAGUUUGAUCCAUUGCUGGAAACUAUACAAGACGAAAGACUUUUUAUGGCUAGAUAUGAUAUUUCACUUCCGGUGAGGAAGGGCGUGGUCUCUAACAUUGACUCAAAAAAUGUGUUUAACAUUGAUCCUAUCAGAAUUUUAUAUUUCAUGAAGGAACACAUGAGGACGAUUGACAUGUUUUUAAAAUUUGACAAAGACAACAGUAAUUCACUUUCAAGAGAGGAGCUACAUUUUGCCUUUGAAAGAGAAGGUUAUCCAAUCAGUACUAGCGCUUUAGAUACAGUUAUGGGUUAUCUAGAUACUAAUAGAGAUGGUGACGUAGACCUUAUUCGGACAAAAAUUGAAAGUGAGAGAAAACGUAUAGAAAAUAUUAUAUCCAAGAAAAGAUCAGGGGAACUUAUAGAUGGCGAGAGAAGAUUAAAAAGACACCUAAUUGCAGAAGCUGAAGAAGCAAGACAACAUUCUUCGAAAUUAACUCCGUCGCCUUCGGAAAAGAGAGAAUACUCAAAAUCUUACCUGAAACCAAGUGAAGCAUUAGCAUUAAAACAAAAUAGCGAUCUAGUGUCACCAAGGAAAAAGGACAUUAAAUCACCGAGACAAAGUGACAUGAAAUCUUCACGAAAAUUACCACAGAUACAUACAAACUAAUUAUAUAGGAUGUGUCUAAUUGUUUUUUAAAUCAGCAUAUGUCAUAUAAAGUCAGACUAUGGUAAUAUUAACGUUCACACAAUAAAAAUUUUGUCAUUCA